AUGAAUCUAAAUUCCUCCCACCGCCUCUUACGGUUGGCUCCAACGCCGUCCAGUCUCUGCUCCACCUACAGCUCUCUGUGUUCACACUGUGUCAGCUUCUGUGUUCACACUGUGUCCAGCUCUCUGCUCCCCUACAGCUCUCUGUGUUCACACUGUGUCCGCUCUCUGCUCCACCUACAGCCUCUCUGUGUUCACACUGUGUCAGCUCUCUGCUCCACCUACAGCUCUCUUGUUCACACUGUGUCCAGCUCUCUGCUCACCUACAGCCUCUCUGUGUUCACACUGUGUCCAGCUCUCUGCUCCACCUACAGCCUCUCUAUUUCCCACUGUGUCCAGCUCUCUGCUCCACCUACAGCCUCUCUGUGUUCACACUGUGUCCAGCUCUGCUCCACUACGGCCUCUCUGUGUUCCCACUGUGUCCAGCUCUCUGCUCCACCUACGCCUCUCUGUGUUCACACUGUGUCCAGCUCUUCUGCUCCACCUACGGCCUCCUGUGUUCACCACUGUGUCCAGCUCUCUGCUCCACCUACAGCCCUCUUAUGUUCCCACUGUGUCCAGCUCUCUGCUCCACCUACAGCCUCUCUGUGUUCACACUGUCCAGCUCUCUGCUCCACCACAGCUCUCUGUGUUCCCCUUGUCCAGCUCUCUGCCCACCUACAGCCUCUCUGUGUUCCCACUGUGUCCAGCUCUCUGGUCCACCUACAGCCUCUCUGUGUUCACACUGUCCAGCUCUCUGCUCCACCUACAGCCUCUCUGUGUUCCCACUGUGUCCAGCUCUCUGCUCCACCUACAGCCCCUCUUGUUCCCACUGUGUCCAGCUCUCUGCUCCACCUACAGCCUCUCUGUGUUCCCACUGUGUCCAGCUCUCUGCUCCACCUACAGGCCUCUCUGUGUUCACACUGUUUCCAGCUCUCUGCUCCACCUACAGCCUCUCUGUUUUCACACUUGUCCAGCUCUCUGCUCCACCACAGCCUCUCUGUGUUCCCACUGUGUCCAGCUCUCUGCUCCACCUACAGCCUCUCUAUGUUCACACUGUGUCCACGCUCUCUGCUCCACCUUACAGCCUCUCUGUGUUCCCACUGUGUCCAGCUCUCUGCUCCACCACAGUCCUGUCUGUGUUCACACUGUGUCCAGCUCUCUGCCUCCACCUGA